GAUCCUGGAAAGGUCGGGGGUGAAGAGCAAGCACAGGGCGACGGCCCCGUUCCCUUCUCACUGCGGAGGUCCCGGCCCUUUAAGCCCUAGCAGGCCUCCCGGGCCGGCCUGCCCGUGGUACUACUACUUCGGCCUAACAUGGCCGCUCGCGCUGGGACCGGUCCGGAGUGCAGAGCCGGGCCGAGGUCGAGGGCCAGGGACUGUUCCCGGCAUUCCUCGCGGCGUGGCGUGGGCUCUCGUCCCCACCUCCAGGUCCCGCGAGAGGGAGGCUUUCGGGCUCCGAGGUGACACCCGAGGCUCUUCUGGACCGCGCUGUGGUUGGGGAGGGCUGGUCGGCGGGGUCACCCGGGCAGUGAGCCACCGGCCUGCAGGGUAGUAAUGGCCCAGGGAUUGAUUGAGGUGGAGCGCAAGUUCGUUCCUGGGCCUGAAACAGAAGAACGGCUGCAGGAGUUGGGGGGCACCCUGGAGCACCGGAUCACCUUCCGAGACAGCUACUUUGACACCCCUGAGCUGAACCUCAUGCGGACUGACUACUGGCUGCGACAGCGAGAAAAUAGUGGUUGGGAGCUCAAAAGUCCUGAAACAGCAGUUGUCUCUGGACCCCACACUGCGUACAUGGAACUCACAGCUGAACCUGAAAUUGUGGCCCAGCUCUAUAAGGUGCUAGGGGCUGAAGUCCUGGGGGCUGAGGGUGUGGCUGCUGUGCUGGGCCCACUGGGACUGCAGGAAGUAGCUAGUUUUGUGACUAAUCGUAGUGUCUGGAAACUGGUGCUUUCCAGAGCUGAUCAAGAGGAGCUUCCGCUCAGGGUGGACCUGGACACAGCCGACUUUGGCUAUGCUGUGGGUGAAAUAGAGGCCCUGGUGCACAAGGAGGCCGAAGUCCCAGCUGCCCUAGAGAAGAUCAACAAGCUCAGCAGCAUGCUUGAGAGGAAGGGAGAGAGAUAGAGAGUUAGAAACAUCGAUCAGCUACCUCCUGCACACCCCCUACUGGGCAUGUGCCCGCAACCAAGGUACAUGCCCUUGACCGGAAUCAAACCUGGGACCUUUCAGUCCGCAGGCUGACGCUCUAUCCACUGAGCCAAACCGGUUUCGGCUCUCUCUCUCUCUCUUUUUAAUUUUAGAGAGAGGGAGAGGGUGAGGGAGAAACAUUGACCAGUUGCCUCCCAUAUGCACCCCAACCGGGAAUUGAACCUGCAACCUGGAUAUGUGCCCUGAUCAGAAUUGAACCUGUGACCCUUCCGAGCACUGGACAGUGCUCCAGCCACACUGGCUAGGGCUCUCCUUUUCUUUCUACAUCCCUCGGUUUCUCUCUGUGUGCAUCUCUACAUGUGCCUCAUUACCAAAUUAAUGAGCUUUGGCCUGCCUAGAUGGACUUUAAUCUUAAUUGGGGGACAGGAGCCAUAUACCGAAAUAAGUUUACUCAGGCCCCCUCUGUCUUCAUGGUGCAUAAGUGCCUCUUUAUCAUUUCUCCUUGCUGGAGGAGGAGCUCAUGCUUGGUUUCCCAGCCCCACUCCUGCCAGAAGUGGCCCUUUUAGGCCCCACUUCCAAAAUCAGGGAGUGGGCUGUGGGUUAUACAAGCUGGUUAGAUGGCUGGCAUUCUUAAUCCCAGGGCUGCCUUGGAAACAACUUGGGGGUCCGGCUGUGUGGGCAGGGAGUAGACUCAAAGCAUUUGUAGCUCUUUCUGCUUCUCUUAUUCUCCUUUUGCCUAUAGGUGUGUUGGCACAGGAGAGGGCACCUUCCAAGCUGAUCGUGUACCUACAGCGUUUCCGGCCUCAGGUCU